AGUUCACUUCCUAGUCGGGUCGGAGAAAGGUGUCGUUCGCCCCUUCGGACUUCGUAUUCUGGAAUAACGUCUCGGUUAGGUUUUCAUGUUCCUGCGGAUGCGGAAAAAGAGUGCCAUGGCCCCUUUUAGUUAGGAGCCUUCGUACGGUGGAACUUUUUCUUCCCGCUCAGUGUGGGCGACAAAACCUGAAAGGCGGUUUUGCCCUCCCAUUCAUAAAAAGAAGACCUCUUUCUAAACGCGUAGACGUAUAUAAUCCCAAUCGAGGCUGCCCAGCAGUAUGCAGUGCUUUCUCAUCAGUCAAGAUAAACGACAUGGUCCAGUUCUUCUGCCUGAUGGUGUGACUGUGGUUCUGGGCAGGGGUCCAGAAACACUUGUCACUGAUAAGAAAUGUUCUAGAACACAAGUGGAAUUGCUGGCAAACUAUGCCUACCGGUCAGUUCGAGUCACACAGCGAGGGGUAAAUCCCACCUCUGUGGAAGAGAUACACCUGCAUUGCGGAGACAGCACAACCCUCCAAGAAGGAGAAACUUUGUGCCUGGUAAAUGGACUGUACCCAUAUUGCAUCCGCUUUGAGCAAGGGGAUAACUCCGCAAAGAAAAACCCGCUGGAAUUCUUCUGCAGUAAGCGGACUCAGAAGAAGACAGAAGAAGAUGGCGAGGCCCACACAGUCAAACGUCUCAAGGCUUCCUGCCCUUCUGAGGAUGAGGAAGAUGAUGACACUUCUGUGGCUGAGAAACUGAGGCAGCUGCAAGAGACGGCAGCGCAGGCACACUCUUCUCCUCAGAAGCCUCUUUCAAAGCUGGCCCCCCAGCCCUGUGAUUCCUGGGAGGACCGGGGCAAGCUGCUGGUCUUCACCAAGAAAGGAAUAGUACCGAGUACUAAAGUGGCAGGGUUUGAUCUGGAUGGAACCCUUAUCACAACACAAUCUGGGAAAGUGUUUCCUACAAGUCCUGAUGACUGGAGGAUCCUGUACCCUGAGGUACCUCGCAAGCUGAAGCAGCUUCAGAGCGAAGGGUACAAGCUUGUGAUCUUUACCAACCAGCUGGGCAUUGGCCGUGGGCGCCUCAGGCCUGAAGUUUUCAAAGCCAAAGUAGAAGCUGUGAUUGAGCAACUGGGUGUCCCAUUGCAGGUCUUUGUGGCAACCAGUUCAGGAAUGUACCGCAAACCUGUCCUUGGUAUGUGGGAUCAUCUGUGCAAAAAGGCAAAUGGUGGCUUAGCAGUGUCUUUGCAAGAAAGUGUCUACGUGGGAGAUGCUGCUGGGCGUCCAGCAAACUGGGCCCCUGGACAGAAGAAGAAAGAUUUUUCUUGUAGUGACCGCCUGUUUGCUUUGAAUGCCGGGCUUCCCUUUCACACCCCUGAAGAGUAUUUCCUGGGUUGGAAACAGGCACCAUUUGCACUCCCUGACUUUGAUCCCCGGGUGAUAGAUCCCAAAGCUCGGCUCUAUGAUCCCCCCAACGCUUGCCUGAUCUCAUCCUCCCCAGAGCUAGUUGUGGCUGUUGGCUUUCCUGCUGCUGGCAAAUCAACUUUUUUGAAGCGACAUUUGGCCUCAGUUGGAUAUGUUUAUGUCAACCAGGAUACACUUGGUUCAUGGAAGAAAUGUGUGGCAUUGUGUGAAACAUCACUGCAAGCAGGAAAGAGUGUUGUAGUGGAUAAUACCAAUCCUGACCUGGAAUCAAGACGAAGGUAUACAGAGUGUGCUGAGAAGGCCAAUAUUCCCUGCCGCUGCUUCCUUUUUACAGCCUCAUUAGAACAAGCCAAGCAUAACAACAGAUUCCGGGAAAUGACAGAGAAAGAACACGUGCCUGUCAACAACAUUGUCUUGAACACCUAUAAGAGUAAGUAUGUGGAGCCAUCGCUGGAGGAGGGUUUCUCUGAAAUCCUCAAGAUUAAUUUUGUGCCUCAGUUUACAGACUCUGAACUGGAAUCACUUUACCGGCAGUUUUCAGAGGGCUGACAUCAAACCAGCAGCAUAAUAUUGGACAGGGUCUUUUUGUCCUGCCUUUGCCAGAGAAGGCACACUGAUGGAGCACGUAAGCUCUCCCUGCUGGUCAAACAGAAACUUUGUAAUUGGGCUGAAACUCUAAAAGGGGGCAGAGACAUUUCUAUAAUGACUCUUUUCUGUGAAAAAAUGUCUUAGAAGCUGUCUGAAAUAAAGUCUUGAAAGUUGAA